ACAUGGUAGCCCGAGCACGCUUUAAUUAGCUGUGAAUGAAUCGCAAAACAGACGGUUUACAUGAUUCGUUCUCCGGAUCUACGCUAGGAUCUUGUUUCGUCUAGACAUCUGGAUCAGCGCUUCCAACGCGCAAAAAUCGUCACACCGUGACGAUUUGGCAACAGAUACGCAUCUAUUCUAAGAUGCAAAUUCUCUCUCGCUUGCAUUGAAUUUGAUCAUUUGUUUUCAAAAUUGGACGUAUACUGAGAGGAUCUACAUGCCAGCCGAGAGUUUUACGAGGUCUACCGAGCUCAAUAUGCACUUGCCGAUGAUCUACGCAGGCAAUGGCCGUCUGGAAAUUAUGGUAUACAAUCUCACCAACGCCCCAGAGAUGCGAUCUGAGCUCGAUCGUUCUUUCUUGUCUGGACCGAUUCCGUCCAGCAGGACGAAGCAAUCAUGUAUUCAAUGCAAUCAUUGAUCACCAUUUGGUUCGAAGCAUUGAUUCUGGCUGCUUUUUGGGCAGUUCCCAUCCGUGCAAACCCAAAAUGGCCUCGAUCUGACGCGGGAUACGCACCCGUACCUGCACAAUGCCCAUCUGGAUCUCUCGUGCGACAGGCAAACUCGAUCGCCCAGCAGGAGGCGGACUAUGUUGCUCAGCGAAAGAUUUCGGCUUCAAAAGCUCUUCGUAGCUGGCUGAACAGUACCGGAGCCAGAUUCGAUACUGCAAAAUUACCUACUAUUGCACUGGCCAACAGCGGCGGUGGAUACCGUGCCAUGCUUAGCGGAGCAGGUGUGGUACAAGCUUUGGAUGGUACAGACAGCUCGGUUUCUACGAGCGGGCUUUAUCAGGCCUUGACAUACCAUGCUGGGCUUUCUGGGGGAUCGUGGCUUCUAUCGUCAUUAAUUGGGAACGCUGGUGAUGCAAAGGUCACUACGUUACAGAAAGAGCUGUGGACAUCGGCACUGGCGAAGAAUGACAUAUUUCCGACAAACAUCUUGUUUGCGCCUGAAGGCCCUCAAAUUCGAAAAGACCUUGAGGCCAAGCAGAACGCUGGGUUCGACCCAACCAUUCCUGACACUUGGGGCCGUUUCCUCUCUUAUCAACUAUUGCAAGGUACUGACGGUGGCGUUGCUACACGCUUGUCAGAUGUUCCAACCAUCAAGGACUUUGCGUCCUUUGCCAUACCUUUUCCGAUCAUUACGUCCAUAGGAAAGACUGGAGGAAUUAGUGGUGAUGACUGCACUCCUCAUGACGAUGCUGUGCAAUUUGAAUUCACUCCUUUCGAGUUUGGCAGCUGGGACAGCGGCAUAGGAGCCUUCACGCAGACUGCAUAUCUUGGCACAGAAAUGUCCAAUGGAUACCCCGUAGGAGGCAAAUGCUAUCAAAACUAUGAUAAUCUUGGAUACGUGCUCGGCACUUCGUCUUCCAAGUUUGAAGAGAACUGCGGCUUGACUGAGGUCAACGCCAUUGGAAUAUUUCUGCAGCUGUUCACACCGUUACCGAGUGCACGGGUAUCUGAGCAAGCGACGGGUCAAGAUCCAGCAAGGCGAAAUCUCUACGCUCCAUACAACAAUCCUUUUUACGGUUACUCCGAGUCAUCCUUAGUCUCGAGUGAUAAGGAGUUAUAUCUCGUUGAUGGCGGGGUUUCAAAUCAGAACAAUCCCAUAUGGCCCUUUAUUCAACCAUAUCGCGACGUUGACGUAAUCUUGGUCAAUGAUAAUUCCGCGGAUACCGAUGAUAACUGGCCGAACGGCACUGAGGUUCUACAUACCUACGAGCAAGCUCAAAACCGCAAGCUCACAAAGAUGCCCUCGAUCCCGACUCCGGAUGUUAUUGUAUCCAAUAAUCUCAAUAAGCAUGCAAUUUUCCUUGGCUGCCACGAUGCUAGCAAGGUCACAAUUGUCUGGUUGCCGAACGCAAAGUAUAAUUUCGAUAGCAACGUGUCGACGAGUCAAUUCCAAUUUACCUCCGAUGAGACUGCGGGAAUGAUCGCAAAUGGAAACAUGAUUGCGACACAAGGUGGCGACAACCAAUGGUCAAUCUGUUUGGCAUGUGCAAUCACGCAUAAGACUGCGAGAUAUUUGCCGGAUGAAUGUAAAGCUUGCUUAGAGAAGUAUUGUGUAUCGGGCUAAGUUAAUCUUGACACAAGAUUGAUAAUGUAAUAAACAUAGUGAUAUGUACGAAAUGAGA